ACUAAAUCUGUAUAUAUUAAAAUUAUUCAAGUGUCAUGACUUUUUUUUAUUAAUGUAAGCUAGAGCUUCUGACCUAAAAAUCAAAACAGACUUGUGAUUUUAUGACAUCAGUUAUUGCUUGCUUUAUUCAGAAACACAAAUGUCUUAAUGCCAUUUGUCUAUUUAACUUUUCAUUUUAUUACAAGUAGGCCUACAGUGCUACCAUACAUGAAUAAAAGGCCUUACAAGACGAGCAUUAGGACCCAGGGGAGGCUGUUGCUGCUCCUGCUGUUCCUGGUGCUGCUGCUGCUGCUGCUGCACGUGCUAGUGACUAUUGACUCUAUCACACACCAGAGGCGUCAUUCUGUACAAACUUUCUUAAAUUAAAUUCUGCGAUCCAAAACAGUGAAUGUAAUCACCAUUCAUACAAAAGUUUGCUUCAAGAUUGACCACACUGCUGAUGGGAUCUUAUCGCUAGCACACCCUGAGCACAUCUCUAAGGAUGAAGAUUGAAAACAGCCUGCCUUGCUCUCAGCUCCCUGAGGCCCCUCCUCAGACCGGGCUGCAUUUUACAGUGGCAACGGAGGAGGACUUUGAUGACAUCAUGGCCAUGAGCAAGGAUAUCUAUGGCGGCCUGGACUAUCUGCCCUCCCGCUAUCAAGCCUGGCUGCAAGAGAGCAACCGCAUUGUCAUUUUGGCUCGCAAGCAAGGCAAAGUGAUUGCACUGGAGUCAGUGUGUGUUAUUGAUGAUGGCGAGACCAUGCUGGUGGAAGGGCUUCGUGUUGCCCCCCAGGAGAGGGGGAAAGGUGUGGCAGGGGUACUUCUUCGGUUUUGCUCUCAAUUGGUUAAGUCCAAGUACCCCGACGUUAAAGUCAGCAGGCUGACAAGAGAUGACCAGCUGGGGCCAAAAGACUUCCAGAAGUACCGGCUCAUCACCAAACAGGGAAUCCUCCUGGUGCGCUUCCGUGCUGAAGACCUAAAAUUAUGCCUUGCUGAUCUUGGGCCUAAUAUCACUGUAGCGGGGGAGGGUCUGACCGCCACAAACAUCCCGAUCCGUUUGGAGCCAGCAGAGGUGCAUCAGCUCUUCCUAAGCGAUGUUCUAAUGAAGGGUGUCCUUCCCAAUGCCACCAUCGUUCAAGAUUGGCAGCCCUUCAAGCCUCUGCCUAGCAACAUGUCCAUCUUGCUGAAGAAGGAUAUUGAUUGGAUGGUUGAUGAUGCCAGGUGCCCAACCAUGGCCAGCUUGUGCACUUUCCCAUUCCAUGUGCCAAUUGGUGAUGACUGGUACUACCUCAACAUCGACAUGUUUGGUAAAGACCUGACUCUGGCCAUACAACAGCUGUUGUGUCACCUGAGGUGCCACACUGGCACUCUGAAGGGUUACGUCAUGUGUCAGGUGUUCCUAGAGCCUGCGCUGUGGAAGCCUAUGGCUGAUUUCUUUAGGGAAACCCUUAAAGUGGAGCUGGUGAAGGAGUACACAGAGCAGUGUGUCGUGGAGUCUGAUGUCGUUUAGUCGAGGAGCAUCAGAAACACCUUCCCUUAUAAUUAGACACCAAACCAACAUAAACGUAAGGAACUUUAAUAUCUCCGUCUAAUAUGGCAACUAAAAAAAAUAGUAUAUAUCUGCUAUCUAAUAUAUCUACUAUAAAGGGACGAAAAAAACUUCAGUUCUAUUCCGCUUAAUGAAAAUGCUCUCAUAGGAUUUAAUUUAUUUUAACAACAAUUAAAUAAUUAAUUAAAAAAGUGAACAAACUAGAAUAAAAGUAGUAGACGCUUGUUUAGGUUACUUCAUUUAUUUCCAUAUUCAGUACUGUAAACGGUGGCGCUGAAUGGACAGGGACUGGAAAAGAGGGAAGCAGUUUCAGAUCAUAUAAAAUAGGGACCCAAAUUGUUCCAUGCCCUUUCAUUUCUGUCAGCAUCACUGACAGUGUAAGCAUAUUUACUCAUGCUGAGUUGUAAAGAAAACUGCACAAACUUUAGGGCACUUUAUGAUAAAAAAGGGGGUCACACUUUAUUGUCUGUUGCUUUUUCAGAAUGUGGCACUGUAGCUGCUAGGGUAUUUAGAGGAAAAACAAAAAAAAAAAUCUAAAUUUCUAGGACUUUAUAAAAGGCUGCCCAUAUGGAUACCGAAAUGGUCUUUAAAGGCAACUUUAAUUAAGCUGAAAAUACUAAAAAUUUCCACAUGGAAAAUUUUUUAUUUCAGACUUUCUAAUAUGCUCCUUGAAAAAUUAGUAAUACUUCCUCUAAAGGUACUUUGCAGUGCUUUAAAUGCGGGAUCAAAUUAUAAAUGUCUGGCUUAGAACUUGCUUAUACAUUUAUGGCCCUUUUCCACUGCAUGGUACGCAUGGUAUGGCUCAGUACGGUUCACAUUUGGGGGGUUUUCCACUGGGUACGGUACAUGGUACCUGGUACUUUUUUUAGUACCACUUCGGUUGAGGUUCCAAGUGAACCGUACCAUUACCAAAACGUGACGUGUAAACUCUGCUGAUCACGGAUUGGCCAGAGAGAAUCGUCACUACCUGCAUCACUGAACUUGCGACACAAACUGUUAGAUUUUAAUCGGCACAGCCAACCAACGAUCGAACGCAACUGUUUUGAACGUGCGCACCUUUUUUAACAACCAAAAAGUUUCGUUGUCUGUUGCGGAAGUACAGACGUUUUUUUCUCGUUGAUAGAAGAGGAGUGGAUCCAACGAGAGCUUGAUGGAGCGACGCGGAAUGAAAACGUUUUUUUUUUAGGAGUCAUGGCAGUAGAGGCA